GGAACUCUAGCGGUCACGGGUUUCAUGUCUCUUCCAUGAUCAGUGAGAAUUGCACAUGGUUUCAGAAGAAUGAAGACUUUAAAUCUUUGUUAUCAUUUCACUUUCUUUAUCAUCACAUGCUGUGGUUGUUGCUGCAGUAAGUUGAUCACGACUUCACGGGCAGUGAACAUCGUAAGUUAGUCAAAUAUAUAUUUUGUUACAGCUGUUGUGUAUUUCAUGUGUACUACAUGCACUUUUGAUAUAUAUAAUAUAGCUUUAGCAGUUUACCUAAGAGCCAGGUGUAGGGAGCGCAGCGAAAGAAGUCGGUGCAGUGUUGAAGGAAAAUUAGGCAUAUAGAUUUAGACACAGUUUACACUCACUGAGAGUGACAGAUUCAUCGCGCACCAAUAUAUGUUCUACGUAUCGCGCAUGCAGCGACGAAUUUCAAAUGGCAAACCACUUUGGUUUUGACUAAGCUGUGUCCGAAAACUUUGAACCCACGGAACAAAUAUAGAAAAUUUAAAUACUUUAGCUUUUCGAUCUGAGCAUUUUUUUGAAAUUUAUUAACAGAUGAACUAUAUGCUAAUCCGACAACUGAAUUUAUGAGAAGUUUUUCGGUUUGUAGUUAUUCAUCCAUGCGCCAGUACAUCAUAAACGCUUGUACCCGCGAAAACCGAAUGUCUUCAUUCUGUUGUAGUGUAUCGAAAACGGUUAACGUAUCCGAAUACUAAAUGCAGAGACUUUAUAGAACCCGCGGUCAAUCUCUGACUCGAGUACGAACAAUUAAGAUCCUAGACUAUGUUCACACUACUCUAGAGUGGUUUCAAAAACGGCGCGGAAAAGUCAGAAUUAGCCGUCGCGACAAACACCACGCCGAAGCAAAUGUGUUUGAGGUUAAACAUUUGGGCAAAGUUUUCGAACGGAGGGAGUUGAAAAAGUAGCGUUUGGCGGUUUCAUGUGAACAACGGCACAUUUUUCAGCUAUCUUUCAUAUCUUUUAUUUUUUUACUUUAGCAUAUUUUUAUUAUUUUUUCAUUAUUGAGCUCGUUUUGCGAAUCCGUACCAAAGCUCUAACGGCUUAAUGUGAAUAGACGCAAAACGUGGCGUCAUUAUUUCGCUCCGACGUAGUGUGACGUACUCUUAGAUAACUGUUGCCAAAUAAAAAUAAUAUAGAUUCAACAUAUUAUAUAUUACCAUAUAAUAUGUAUAUCAAUGCUGGCGAUACCGUGCACAUCAAUUAUGCAAUUAUAAAAUUGCCACACAAACAUAUGUACAUGCAUGAAACUAAAUUUUCUGGUAUUUUCCAAUCAUGAUUCACCUUAGACGCCUUAAUCUGCCUUGCAAUAAUAAAUAUAGCACGUAACGUUGUCCCAAAAACAUAAUGAUCCAUAUUGACUAAAUAAUACAUGCUGCAUGGAUAAAACUCCUUUUCCAAUCAAAGCCGACACUGACGAAAGUAUAGUUUGUCAAUUCAUAAUUUGCCAUGAAAAAUAUGGUUAGUAUAUUUGUCUGGGCCGGUUGUGCGAAGGCUGAAUAGCGAUUUUUCAAACGUUACGUUCUAAAAUUGUCCAUAGCUUUGUGUCCAUGGAUCAUUAGAUAUACUGGAGUGCUGAUUGUUGAAAAUUAUGAAACUGAGUAUUUUAGUUAGUAUUUUAGAAAGUAAUAAUACUCACAAUCCACUCAACGAUGAAAUGUCUAAAUGUCAUUUUUAGGGAGCAUAUCAUAUUUAGAUAGUAUUUCAAUUGCAUCAACAGUAGUUUUAGUGACACCAAUUUCUUGAUAAGUAAAAAAUCCAAAACACGGAGAAACAACAUUUACCGCCAAUAUUUUGCCGCGGGUUCAAAAGACAAUGAAACUAUGUUGAAUCUCAAUUAUCUCAAUAGCGAAAGAUAUUAAUGGGAAAAUUAAACAAAAACGUAGUAAACUUUGUUGUAUUCGUUCAUUUCAUAAUUGUAUUCGUGACAUCACGAAUUUCAAAUAGGUCACGUCUGCUCUCGUCAGCUGUUUCAUGUAUCUAUUCUUCUAACUAUCCGUGAUGUAAUUAAUUUAUUAAUUAUUAAUGUUUGUUUUUUAUUUACUGCGAGUUCCAUAUUCACAGUUUUAUAUAGCUUUUUAAGUAUUUUUACAACCGUUGAGAAUUGUCCUGCCUUCGUACUAGAGCAUGCACUCUCGUGGAAUUUGGCGAAUGGUUGCAUUACGACACUGGACCUGAGGAUGAUAUAUUUUUAAAAUAUUUGAAAUACGUCAACCUCUUCAAUGGAAAAGUUUGUGCCGCUAAAAACUUUAUUUUUUAUAACGCCUGGUUCAACCCCCCCCCCCCCCAAUCCAUGCUGUUAUUUGGGAUUCACUCAGUCUUAUAGGAUUUCGUGGACAAUGACUGCAAUGAAAAGCUGCAAAGCGCUCUAAGGGUACAUUUGAUCCACGUACUUCACACUCCAAUCUUAAUUAAAAGAGGGUGUUGAUGGGGUAUGUCGUGAGUCAGGUGAUUGCUCAAAUAUUGUUUAUCGUUUCCGAACAUUUUUCAGCAGAUUCAAAGAUUUAUCGUUAAAAUACCAAAAUUUUACCGUUAAAGUACCACAAAGUUUACAGUUUACUGAUUUUCAGCCCCCCCCCCACCCCCCGCCAUCAAGACCCUUUUAAAAAAUCAUCGUAUCAUUAUGAAGUUUACGAGAAUAUUUUCUACUUGUUCAGUUAACGGAAUGAGAGCAAAUUAAACCAGCUGCUUUAUUGGCGACAAAUAUCACGACCUGCAUGGCUUUCAGAUGACGAAUUAUAGACUCAUAUAUUAUCCCUAUACUCAACUCCUAUCAUUUGGAACUGUUUUAGCCGUCAUACUUCUAUUGUGUGAAACAGUCUGCAAAUAAUUUGGCUCGUGCCAAUAAAAAUGUUCCGACAAAUAUUCAUCAUGCAGUGCAUAUAUAUAUUUCCAAACGUUAAGCACCUCAAGAUUUUGAGGAAGUUAUUUAAGUCAAAAACUUCCUAUUUAAAUUGACAACUAAGAAUAAUUGCCAUUCGAAGAAACUAGCGAAUAGGAUAAAAGGACUGAGCAAAACAGACAAAUUUGAACACUACGUUGUUUACUCCAAUCACUGAAAUGUCUCGGCAAUUUUUACUCACACGCUAAAUCGGAAGAAAUUUUGUAUAUUUUUCACUUCCCAAAUGUAAAAUAUUUUGUUUUAACCGUCGAUUUUUCACAUUAUGUUAAACAUGUACAUUUGACUUUGUGCAUGUUGGAAACGAACAUUUUUUUCUGAAAUUCUAUGCAAAUCACCGAUUUUCAAAUAAAUUUCAGUAUUAGAACGACAAGAAAUGUCGCGACAAUAGUCACAGCAUUCAGUUUGACACAUAGUCACAGCAUCACAGCAUUCAAGCUAACAAAUGCUGUAAUGUCAUGGUCAGUUAAGACUGAUAUACGUAUAUAAUAUAAUCAAUCAAUUCAAACACAAAAAGUUAUGAAGGUUUUCAUGACAAGAACUUCCUCAAAUCUUUGGGGUGAUGAUCAAAGGAAUAAAUGCUUAAAGUUAGCGAAUAAAGUUUUUAAAACUGCUGAAUUAAGCAGUUGCGUCAACAGAAAUCAGCAUGGUAUAGGCCUGGAGUUGCAUUGCGAAAGCUUAAUGAUACUCACUUGGAUGAUGUUAAAUUUCGUAAUUGGUAUAAUGUAACAGCUAACUAGUUGCUCUAGAUUUUUCACCGUAGGUUAAUGAAUUGUUUGGUGUUAUUGAAAAUUUAUAAUAUAGAACACAACAGACGAGAUCCACAUUGAAGUAAUUUUUAAUAACAAAACAGUCCUAACCCACGAACGUAUUGAACUUGUGUGUGAAGUUAAACCAGAAGUUGCUGUUUUGGCUACAGUUUGGAUGAAGGAAAAUGAAACUAUUUCUGAAAACCGAAGAGUUAAGAUUAGGGAAGAUAAACUUAUAAUUAACCGGACAAUGGAGAGUGACGCUGGUUAUUACACAUGCAGUGUGACGACUCCCUUUGGAAUUCAAAAUAAAACAGCAUUUUUGACAGUUACAAAGACAGAAGAAGAAGACGACGGUAAGUAUUCGUUAUUUAAUUUUAAGCGAAUCUAUUCAAUCUGAAUGAGCUUCAGCAUGGUCUAGGCUGGUUAUUCAUCUGAGUAUAUGAACUUCAGUCAUUCGGUCUAUGAGAAAAGUGAUUAGCUAAAAUUCGGAAAUUGACAUCCAUGCAAAAUCUAUGGUCGCAUACAGUUUUCAUAUACCAUUUUCCCCAGCUAUUUCAUGCACCUUCUAACGUACGGAUCGUAUCCCUAACUAAGUUAUCAGUUCUUAAAACCUUGGUAUUAUACUUAAGUCGAAGUUAAAACACGACCUUUUGGUAGAUGGCCAUGCAUGCAGCUUCAUGCAUGUAACGACACAGACAAAAUCAAUAGAAAGGGAAUAGCAUUAGACGCCUAUUUCCGCGAUAUAUUAUGGCUUCACUUUUUUCACCCGAUUUCUCGAUCCAGAUACAAUAUGGAGAUUGCUAGGCUAAUUGAAGUGGGUUAAGCUAGCAGAAAUUUUAGCGCGGUCUAAGUAUGUAGCUAAUUGCAAGGAGGUUCUUUUUAAAAGCAUGAUAUUAAUGGAUUUCCAUCUUCAUAAAUUAUGCAGCCUUAACGACAGUCAAAUAGUAGACAUAAACAAGCAUCUGAACGUAUUUCAGAAGAGGAAUAGCUCUAUUAUUGCGAGAUAUUAUGGUAGCGAAGAAUACAUGGACGGUUGGGGGCUUGUGCAUAUGAUGCAACUACCUGAAAAAAUAGAAACUUGCACCCGCGUUCAAAACGUCGAUGUUUGUUCUUAUCUUUUAGGUAAUUGCAUGAUCGUAUCAGGUCGGAUAUUAUGUCGAGCUAAAACUUAUUCCGUAUAAAAACUGUUAAUAAUAUAUAAUCAUGAAAAUACUAAAUUUAUUUCAGGUAGUAAUAUAACCACUCAGCACAGCUAUUUUAUAAUCAAGAAACAAUUUCAAUUCUAAUAAUGGAAGUGUUCCCAAAACAUUCUAUCAAUUUCCUCACAUGAACCAAUUAAUUUAAGGCGUUUAAGGUUACAGAACACCUUUGAGUGUUUUUUUAUUGGUUUCCAUGAAAGCAUCAGAUAUAGUUCUACUAUUUGACCAAGUUUGAACGAAAAAUGUUGAAAACUUGCAGAGUCAUUUAAUAAAAUACAUUUCGCAUGCAACAAGAUAAACUUUGAAAAUGUAAUAUUCAAAUUCAAUUUUCCGAGCAUAAUUUUUUAGAACAACUAUUUUUCUCUAUAAAAAUGAUAUUUUCAUAAAUAUAUCUUAAAACCAGCAGGAAAACAACUCAAAAGCGUAAAGGUAUCGCGAUUCAAGAUUUUUCUGAAUAAUUCUUACAUUAUUUUAUUGUUUGUCAAUUUUACAACUUUACCAUAUUUUGUAUGCACUGGCGAACAUUUGGUAAGAAUUUGAUGAAAAUCUGUCUGAUAUUGAGUAGCGAAUUUCCGCAAAACGCCAAAAAGAGUGUCCUGUAACCUUAACCAAUUAUCUGCAAUUUUGUGUGUUUGAUAAUUUCCAGUCACUUCAUGCCUCUUUAUGAUUGGUCAAUUGCACCAAAACAAAUAGUGAUUGGUGCAUUCAACAGGAAGCUUAUCAAUUAUUCAAACUUUUACAGAAGUUUUCAAAUGACUCAGCAAAUGAAUUGGUUCGUGUAAAUUGGUAGAAUAUUUAGGACACUUCCAUUGCCAUGACUGUAGUGGAUACAGUGUGGUUCAGAAAAUACACAACGCCGACAACGGUUGCGAUCAUAUCGUGUACAACGAUGUGAAAACCUCUGAGCCGUUCUUGUGUUAUAUCAUUGUAAACCAAUCUAUAUCUACAAUCUAGUGUAACAUCUCAUCCUAUUUCCUCAACCACCUUGACAUUUUCCUAACCUUCACGACUAAACGAAAACAAGACCUUUGGAUUAUACUUCUCCUACCUUUCAAAAAAAUAAGUUAAAUUAAUACUGAUUAUACUUACUAUAUUAAUACUUCCACAAACAAAACUAUUGUAAAUUAAUACUAUUCACAUAAUACCUCAUCACUACACUAACAAAAUUUGAAAUGACAGGCAAAAUGUUUUCACCUUCAUGCAUGGUAAACGGAUCUCAUCUUGGACACAUUCAAAUACAGCAACUCGCAGCACAAAUGUUGCUACAGGGACUAUAAAUUACACUGCAAGAAGUACACGCACAAUUAAACGUUUAAACAACAAAACAUUUUUACUUGAUUAUAGAGUCACAGGAAGAAGGCGAAGAUGGUGGUAAGUAUUCAUGCCAACUAUUAUGCAUAUGUAAUGUGAAAUGCACGAAUAGAUAUUUGGCAAUCAAUGAUAGUGUUAAUCAGAAUUAGCGAACUCACACAGUCUAUAUGACGAUAUGCAUGAUUACGUGUAACGUAAUUUGUCUGAUUAAAUUUCAUCUCAAUCGCAUGUGAAGUUAAUGCUUCCAGUUGGACUCCAUCAAACCUCUUGUAUUCGUCCUCUGCAACUAAGUCUGGAACAAUAAGGAUCGAUGGAACAGACCGAAAACUUUGGAAGAGCGCGCUAUUAGUGAAAUGAUAGGACAUGACCAGUUGUUUGUUUGUAGUUUAAUUGUUUAGAAAAAUGUUACUUAAUUAAUAUACCAUUAUUCGGUAACAUUGCUUGUGAUGAUUUAUACCGCACAUUUAGCUGCAAGGGCUUUCGCUCGAAACAUCGAAGCUCUCCUUCUAUUUUUCAGAUAGUUGUAUAUCCCUAUCCAUCCGCAGCAUUCUUAUUAAUGGCACUACAUUCACUAGUACAGACCGUUCAAGAUAAUAAUAUAGUAUAAAAGUAUCCUGCAUUUACCUCACUCUAAAUCGCAUUAUUUGCCUUUAAAGCCACGUUUACACGCUACGAUUUGUUAUAUAUACGAUUCGUGUUCUGGCGUAUAUGUAACCGAAUGACAGUUUUUCUCAUUCUAAAAACUUUCACCUCUCAUUCUAAAAACUUUUUCUUUCAUUCUUAAUCAGGAUUCAAUUCAAAAGGUUAAAACGACAGAAUGUUGCUCUUCUUCAGGAAUAGUUGCGCAAUAUGGUGGUCUAUAUUGCACAAAUACCUGAAGAAGAGCACCAAGUUGCUUGAGAAUCAAGUUUCAUCGUUUUUAACAUUUUAAACUGAAUCCUGAUUGAAAGUUAAAGAAAAAGUAAACGAAUAAGAACGCGUAAAUAGUUGUAUGUAUGUAUACAUGAAGAGGAAUUGUGGCGACAAAUCGCGACGUGUAAAGCCGUUACCUUACUGAAUAUUGGAAAUUCAAAUAUAAUACUGUAUCGUAGCUCUCUGAAAAUGCAUAUGAUCUUAUAACCGCUAAGAACGUCAACAAUAUAUUAUUUUUAUUGUGUAGACUAUUCAGGAGGAGGCGAAGAUUUGCCUCCAUGUGGAAUGCCAAGAAAGAAGCUGAGUGAAUGUAGGCCUAUAUAUUGUGCUUAUGAGUACUUCAAAAUAGUGAGCUAAUUAAACUAAAUUCUAAAAAGUUUAAUAAUCAUAUAUUCAACGUCGUGCAGGGUGGGAACCCUGACUUUUUAAUCUUUGUGGCAUACUCACGAAAUACAAAUUGAAGCAUCACGUUUAAUAUAGUCAGUAAAAUUUCAAGUUCGUUUCUUAAAAAAAUGACUCUGUCAUCGUAUUAGAAUUUCGCAAAAAUACAUGAGUAGAUCGUUAAAAUAGUGAUUUCAACCGUUAAUAUGUUUUUCCAAAUACUUUUUCUAUUUUUACGUUUAUAGCCUCUGGAUGUAACAGGACGUUAAGCUUUACAAACUGUAAAUCGUUUUCCCCGGCUGUUAAUGUUAAUGACAUCGAGACCAUACAGAUUUUAAACAAGACUUCAGACUUUCCAACUUUAAGAAUGAAAGUUCAAUGGAAAGUUCCAAAGGCGGGUAAGUGGGUAAGAACAAAGGAACCGAAACAAGGCC